AAUUUUGUCAUUGGUAGUUUUGGUAAGGCAGUAGUAAGAGAUAUUCAGAUCGAGUAGUUUUUUUCAUGAAAUCAUUGAUCAUAUGUGAUAUGCAGGUGAAUUCUAAAUGGCUUUAUCGGAUAUUCGAGGUUUAGGAAAUAUUCUGGAAACGAGCACGAUAUCUCUCAGAAAGUGUGAGCGAGAUGGAUCAGAAAUGCAACAAAAAAUUAUGGAAAGCAGCCUGGUUUCAGGAGCAUUUUCCACAUGGUCUCUUAAUGGACACAUCCCAGAUUAUGCUCAGAAUGGACAGGAAGAAAUACAGAAACAAGAUGGUACCAGUUCUUCAAAUAAUGCCAUGGUUGACGAUUUAGUAGCCAAAAUUCUUGAAGAUGAAUCUUUCGUUGUGAAUAAUGGGUUGAAAGACACCAUGCCUAUGAUGUCAUCUCCAAGGGAUGCAGAUGUUUUCUCACUGUAUAACGGACCUAACACUUCUCACAGUGCGCAGUGGGCAGAUCAGUAUCAAAAUGGAACAAAUGGCAUGCCGCACUUUGGCAUUGGUGGUGUUGCUAAUAAUUUAGGACAACUUAGUGGGAUAAAAAUUUCAGAUUUUGGUUUGCCUUCUCCCAAUUCAAUUGGGAAAGAAUAUUUGAGUCCAAAUGAAUUUUCUUGCCUUGGUCUUACUUCUAUUGAACAAACAGAUUUUGAUUUACCUCCCCUGGAUAUGCGAUCUGUAAACCAAAUGCAAUCAAUGUCUGUUCCUCCUCCUCCUCAUCCACAGACACGACCUUUACAUACAGACAACUUUUCCAGUCGUAGAUCUUAUAUGCAUCAAUCAAAUCAACAGACGUUAUCUCAAUCUUAUAACAACAUCAGUAGUAAAGAAUUUCCAACAGAUUCUGGAUAUCUUUCUGGUUCUUCUAUGUCUUUGUAUUCACCCCCCAAUACUUCCCAAACUGAUGGAUCUGAUUGUGGUGUUUAUGGACAUGGUUUGCCAAAUGAUCAGCAAAUGUAUAAUUACAUUCAGCUCCUUAGUAACACUAGCAAAUUAAAUUUGUCUGAUGGAAUAGAGGGAGUUACUGGUUUUAAUAACCAAAAUCAUCAUACAAAUAGCUCCUCUUUGGAUGAUAUGAGUAUUAAUUUUCCACAAAGUAAUUUAGAUAAGUGUACAUUUUCCAAUAAUCUUCUUCAAUUGACAUCAAAUUAUGUCAACAUACCUAAGAAUGAUGGAGCAUCAGUUAGUAGUUCAGCUAGUUGUGAUGGCAGCUUAAAUGGCUUGGAACACCAAUUAAACAUGUCUUUGAUGAAAAUUAACAAUCAAAAGAGGACUCCCAACAAAGAAAACAAUGCUCAAUCUCCAGCAACCUAUUCGGCUAUUGGUUUUCCUAGAAAUCUCAGCAGCAGAACAUCCUCCAGCAUUCAGCAGUCCAUGCCAGGAGGUGGCGUGAAAGAAUCUUCCAACUUCAUGUACCAGGGAAACAAUGGCUUGAGAUUCAAUUCAAGUGGCGUUACAGACCAUGGAGGUGCUGGAUCAAAUUUUCGCAUGAAUCAUAACAACAAUAGCAACGAUAUAGGACUAAAGCAUAUGCAAGUUGCUAAUUCAAGAAAGAACAAUUUUUCUGUUAACAAUAGUCCAGCACUCGGGAAUUCAGUAUCUGCUGCAUCAUCUCCGAACUUCAGCACAACUGUUCCCCCUCCUCCUGCUCCAGAGAACUUAAAUCCUCUUCUGACAUCCACCCCCAAUGAUACCAGAUCUGGCUUUUCUCAUUUACAUUAUGGUAACACUCCACCUUUGCCUCCACUUCAUCAAAUAGUUCCACCACCUCCUCUGGACCAGAGCAGAUAUCCUCCUGAGAUAUAUUCAGAAAUGCUGAAAACUCAAGCAAGAUUAGGAUAUAUUCCAUCAUCUGGAUCUGGUCCAUCAGAUAUUAUGCCAUUCUUUGACGUCUCAGGGAUGUUUGGUUUUCCACCUCAGAUGUACGGUUUCCGAUCUGUCCGCCGAAGUGGACCAUCUAGUGAGCUUCAUCUGCGGUUGGAAGAAUGCUAUGACCAGUUCAAAAAUCUUGAGAAAGAACGAAAAAAGACAGAAGCAGAUUUGGCUCGACAUAAUCCAGGAAAAAAGGUUUCUUCUGCAAAUAACAUUCCUGUGCCACGGCUUCCUCCAAAUCCCUCACGGGUGGACAGACUUAUUGUGGAUCAGUUGCGAGAACAUGCUAGAGUCAUAACUUUAAUAGCAAAAAUGGAGCGACUGAGAGGGGCAGGUGUUCACCCUGAAAUUCAUGCUUCUAUGGAAGCUUGGCUGGAGGCUAUCAAGAAAGUACAAGCCCGGAGACGUGAUGAAAUCAUAAACUCAACCAAUAGACAUCAUAACAUGGUUGCUGGCAUUCAGACUCCUAGAAUUCAGGAAGAUAAAGAUAUUUUGGCUCUGGCAGGAAGCAUUCAUGAUUUGAGUAUUGGAUCACGCCGUGCCCGAACAGGAAUGUGGUGUGCCCUUGCAGUCACAUUGCUGUCCCAAGACCACAAAAUAGAGUCUGAUUCUAAUCAUCUACCACAUGGCAUGGAUGCAGUUUCUUCAUCCACUGCUGCUACUUUAAUCAACACAGCUGCAAAUACCACAAUAACAACUGGCACCAGUGGCAUGAUCUCACUAGUUAAUACGGUUACUUCUGCUGGUGCUGUUACAACCCCCAAAAUUGUUCCCAGUACUCUGGCAACUUCCAAAACGGUUAGCAUUGCUUUAGGUCCAUUGAAGCCCAUGUUAGAGGACUUGAAAUUAGUUGCAGAUCUAUAA